AUGAUAAAAAAGGGGAGCUUGAAGAUAAAAAACCUAAGCGUGGCGAAGAACCGCGUUAAUAAUGUUAAGGAAAAUGGGCGCUUAAUAAAUAAAGGUAAUGGGCAAGAAAAAAAAGAAGCAGAAAAGUUAAAAAGAUUAAAAAUGUAUCGUACGAAAGCAAAUUUAAAAAAAAUGAACCAGAAAAUUAAUGAAGUAAGAAGAAUCGAACCAAGUAUUAAAUGGUUUAAUAAUACAAGAACAAUAAGUCAAAAUAAAUUAGAAAUAUUUAGAAAUAAAUUAGAAGAAACUACACAUGAUCCAUUUAGUAUUGUAAUAAAACGAUCUAAAAUUCCUGUAGAGUUAUUAAAAGAUGAAAAAAAUGUAGUUACAAAAAAAUAUAAAAACGAAAAUUUUCUUCGUAUUGAAAAAUAUCAUGAUAUAUAUAGUAAAAAAAAGAAAAGAAAAAAACCCAAACUAAAUGUUGGGACUUUAGAAGAAUAUGCAAAACGUGCAGAACAAAAUUUAUCGACCUAUGAAACCAAAAAUGAUAAUUCGUUAAUUGAAAAAAGAAAUGAAAUAGAAAAAAAAUUUAGUAAAGAUCAAUUAUUAAAAAUAGGACAAUCAAAAAGGAUAUGGGCAGAAUUAUAUAAAGUUAUUGAUAGUUCAGAUAUUCUUUUACAAGUAUUAGAUGCACGUGAUCCUAUAGGUACAAGAUGUAAAAAAUUAGAAGAAACAUUAAAAAAAGAUAGACCAAAUAAACAUAUGAUCCUAAUAUUAAACAAAAUUGAUUUAAUACCUGUUUCUGUAGCAGAAAAAUGGAUAAAAAUCCUCUCAAAAGAUUAUCCAACCAUAGCUUAUCAUGCUAAUAUUAAUAAACCAUUUGGAAAAAGUGAUUUAUUUAAUAUUAUCAGACAAUAUACAGAUUUUUUUAAAAGUCAAAAAAAAAAACAUAUUCAUAUCGGAUUAAUAGGAUAUCCAAAUGUUGGAAAAAGUGCUAUUAUUAAUUCCUUAAAAAAAAAAGUUGUAUGUAUUUCAGCUUGUAUACCAGGACAAACAAAAUAUUGGCAAUUCAUAAAACUCACAAAUAAAAUAUAUCUUAUUGAUUGCCCAGGUAUUGUACCAUAUGAUAUUGAAGAUUCAGAAAAAAUUUUAAGAUGCACCAUGAGACUUGAAAAAAUUACAAAUCCACAUUUUUAUAUUGACGAUAUUUUUAAAAUGGUAAAUCUAUCUUAUAUACUCAAAAUUUAUAAAUUACCAGAAGAUCUAACUUUUAAAAAUUCAGAAGAGUUUCUAGAAAUAUUAGCCAAAAAAAUGGGAAAACUUCUUAAAGGAGGAGAACCAGAUAUUACCUCCGUUUCGAAGGUAAUAAUAAAUGAUUGGAUUAAGGGAAAAAUACCUUAUUUUGUAAAUCCAGAUAAAUAUCUAACGGAACAGGACAAAACACAAAAAGAUGAAAAAGAAGAUAAAAAUGAAACUGAUAAAUGA